CAUCUGUACGCCACGUGUCGUAUGGGUGGCCUUACACUCGACUCUCCUCUCUCUCUCUCCCGCUUUGCCAAUCAUCCAAACGAACCUCAGGUCUCUGUUCCACUUCCUCCUUUCCCUCUCACUCAAUCCAGGAAGCAGCAGAAGCAGCUGCUAUAAACCCAAUUCAAUUUCUCCUUCGCCACUCUCCCUCAUAGACGCGACAGUAUUGACUUCUCUCCCGCUGUCUAUCCUUGUUCCACCCUCGAGCUUUCUAUCUUCUGGCUAUGGCGGUGGCAGAGCUUACAUCCCCUGCUGCUUCCUUUGCCCACAAUUACAACAACGCCAACCGUCUCCGCUCUUCCCAGCUCUACGCCCCUUCAUCCUCCUGUCUUUCCUCUGAUCAUUUCCGAUCCAGAUAUCGGUCCACAGUCCUCCCCAGAAUCACCUGCUCUGUAAAUCAAGUUCAAAAUUCGGCUCCGGUUCAGGUGGAAGCGCCAAAGGACAAGGCUGAAUGUUACGGCGUUUUCUGCUUAACCUAUGAUCUCAAGGCUGAAGAAGAGACUAAAACAUGGAAAAAGUUGAUUAAUAUAGCCGUCUCUGGUGCGGCUGGGAUGAUAUCCAAUCAUCUUCUCUUUAAAGUAAGUAGUAAUCGCCUUCUUCAUGUUCAUGAACUGCUUCUUGCAUUGUCAGUCUAGGUUAAUGUGGCUCCCCAAAAUGAUGUUACUUUUGGCCUUGUAAAACUUGCACCUAGAUGGUUUUGUUGUUUGAAUUGGAAGCUUUGUUUAUAAUGAUGGGAAGCUCAUAGGGGCUUGCAUCUGGUGAGGUCUUUGGACCCGAUCAACCAAUCGCAUUGCGACUCUUGGGCUCUGAAAGGUCAAUCCAAGCUCUUGAAGGUGUCGCAAUGGAGCUUGAGGACUCCUUGUUUCCUUUGUUGAGGGAGGUCAACAUCGGGAUAGAUGCAUACGAGGUUUUCCAAGAUGCAGAAUGGGCUCUUUUGAUUGGAGCAAAGCCCCGAGGACCCGGGAUAGAACGAGCUGACUUGCUAGAUAUCAAUGGCCAGAUAUUUGCUGAGCAGGGUAAGGCUCUAAAUGCUGUUGCCUCCCCGAACGUCAAGGUGAUGGUAGUUGGCAACCCAUGUAAUACCAAUGCUCUGAUUUGUUUGAAAAAUGCUCCAAAAAUACCUGCGAAAAAUUUCCAUGCUUUGACUAGGUUAGAUGAGAACAGGGCGAAGUGCCAGCUUGCCCUAAAAGCAGGUGUCUUUUAUGACAAAGUGUCAAAUGUGACGAUAUGGGGAAACCAUUCCACAACUCAGGUUCCAGACUUCUUAAAUGCUAAAAUCGACGGAAUGCCUGUCAAGGAAGUUAUCAAAGAUGACAAGUGGCUCGAACAUGAAUUCACUGAGAAGGUCCAGAAGAGAGGUGGAGCACUGAUUCAGAAGUGGGGGCGGUCAUCAGCUGCAUCAACGGCUGUUUCAAUUGUCGAUGCCAUAAAAUCUCUCGUGACUCCUACUCCCGAGGGUGAUUGGUUUUCUUCCGGAGUAAGUUCUGCCUUUUUGAUUGCUGCCAAUUUAAACAGCGGGAACUUGUUCCUCAGUUGUCUUGGUGAAGGUGGGGAGAAAUGGUUAUCUCACCAUUUCACUAUGUACACUGCAGGUUUACACAAGUGGAAAUCCUUAUGGUAUAGCAGAAGACAUAGUUUUCAGCAUGCCAUGCAGAUCAAAGGGAGAUGGUGAUUAUGAACUUGUCAAGGAAAUACAGUUCGAUGACUACCUUCGCAGUAGAAUCGCUAAGACUGAGGCUGAACUGUUAGCUGAGAAGAGGUGUGUCGCACACCUUACGGGAGAGGGAAUUGCUUACUGUGACCUUCCAGAGGACACAAUGCUUCCUGGAGAGAUGUAAAAUGGCACCACCAGAGCCUCUUGACCUGUAGAAUUCUUAUGAUAUCACAAUGACACUGCUGUUGUAUUGCCGUGGUAGAUAGUGUAAUUAGUUUACACUGUAGAAAAAAAUUGUAAGUUGUAAGUCUCUAGUAUGGUUAUUGACUUACUGGAUUACACAUUGAGCAUUCCUAUUAUGAGAUUUCACGAGAACAAAGUAAGAUUACUGUCCACUGUAACUGGUUAGGAUUCCUGAUCAUAAUUGAUCGAGACAUAUCUGGUAUACUUGUUUACAAUUUGUUAGCUGCAGAAUGAGACAGAAUCGAGGUGGUGAACAUUUCUUUCUUCUGA